CCUCACGGAGGGAUUGCGCCCAGAAUUUGGAGCCAUUCGACAGUUAAGGCAUGGGUUGAGGAAAAAGUGGAAUUGGUUUGUGUGGCUCAGGCCUGGCCUUCACCACAAUACAGAUGGUAUAAAGAAGAUGAAAGCGGUCUCAUAUCGCCAAUUGUGUCGACACAACACAUGCAUAUAUACGACUCGCUUUUGAUUAUAAAUCAGGUUAUGUCUCAUCAUUCAGGCAAAUGGAUUUGUGCCGCAAAUAACAGCGUCGGCGAAGAGAAAGUGAGCCUCAAAUUGAUGGUCAUCUCCCCUAUUGUUGUUCAUAUAGAGCCGGAAUUAUUAGUGGCCGACAUCGGCAAAGGGGCCGCUUUUAACUGCAGUUUCACCGGCAAUCCAAUCAACUAUCAUGUGAUAUGGCUUCGAGACGGCCGUCCGCUGACCACCGAUUCAUUCAGUGGUGCCCUCAAUGACGGCCGAAUCCGUCUCAUCCAACCCACACUUCUCUCCAUCAGAAAUGUCAUCAGAGAGGACGCAGGUUGCUAUCAAUGUGUUGUGCAAUCGGAAUACGAGUGCUCGCAGGCGAGCUCUCAACUCAAAUUAGGUGAUAGUCCGCCGAUUAUGUUGGAAACAUUCAAAGAUCAACUCAUUGUCGAGUCGGCACAGUCUAUGUCAUUACGAUGUGCCGCAUCCGCAUCACCACUGCCUCAGAUUAAAUGGUAUUUGGAUGACCACACCGUCAACGCUGUGACCAACAGAUAUCGUAUCGGAGAUUAUGUCACACAUGGAGGACAAGUGAUUAGUUUUGUCAAUAUUAGUUCCGCACGUGUUAUAGACGGCGGGGAAUAUCGAUGUGUGGCGAUUAAUGAUGCGGGUCAGGCCUCAUAUACAGGCAGAGUGAAUGUGUUGGGAACGCCAGCACUUCGCACAUCAUGGCUGUCAUCCUCAUCGAUGUCACCAAAUAUUAAUAACACACUGACUGUCGUUUCCGGCCGUUCAGUAUCAGUGCGCUGUCCAGUAAUCGCAUAUCCAAUUGAAUCGCUUGUAUGGCAACACAAUUCAAAUACAUUACCAGUCAAUCAUCGGCAGAAAAUUGAGCCAAUCAUUAAUGGUGUCGGCGGUAAACUACAUAUCAAUAAUGUUCAUCGCAAUAAUGACCAAGGAGAGUAUUGGUGUAUUGUCAAGGGCUCUAAUGGUAAGGCAGUAAAGGGAAGCAUACAUUUGAUUGUAAAAGUCGCGCCUUUAAUUGAUGGACAGCCACUAUCGGAGACGACUAGAGCUAAUCAAGGGAUGAAAGUUAAGUUAAUGUGCUCUAUAUUAGAAGGCGAUCCUCCCAUACAAAUCAAAUGGUAUAGAGAGGACAGCAAAGCACCCGUAGUCUCAAGUCAUACCAUUUCCCUUCAAAAUUCUGAGGACUAUUCACUUCUCACAUUCAAGAGCGUAGAGCACAAAGAUAUGGGCCAAUGGACAUGUAAGGCUUGGAAUGAUGUGGAGUCAGUAAAUCGGAGUACAUAUCUCAUAGUGAAUGUGUCCCCCGGUUGGAAACAAGAGCCCAAAAACACUUACGUUGUAUUGGGCGCUGACUGUGUGAUUGAUUGUUGGGCUGAUGGCUCUCCGAUACCCAAAAUCAUAUGGAAAAAGUCGAUCGCCACCAACGCUGGCACCGACUCGUCCGCUGAUGCGGAACAUCCGUCCGACUUUAGGGAAGUGGUCUCAUCCUAUAGACAUCAAGUCUACCAAAACGGCACUUUUGUCUUACAAGAGGCCGAUAAGUCUGACGCCGGCUUCUAUAUGUGCCAAAUAUCUAACGGAAUCGGUGCUGGUUUGAGCAAGGUGAUUCAAUUGGUUGUGCAAUCGCCGCCUUAUUUUGACAUCAAAUUCAUAAGUAAUAGUGCGGUUAAGAGCGAAACAGCUGUACUUCAAUGCGAAGCACAGGGAGAUCCAGUGCUAAGAGUCGAGUGGCAGAAAGAUAAACAACAAAUCAGUUCAUUAAUUGACAAAAGAUAUUCAAUAAAACAGGAAAUAAUAUCUCCGCAGAAAGUGAUCUCAUAUUUAGAGAUAUCAUCGACUGUUAGACACGAUUCGGCUCUCUAUACGUGUUUGGUAUCCAACGAUUUUGGCACCGAUGACACCAACAUUCAGCUUAUAGUACAGGAGGUUCCGGAGCCUCCCUAUGGACUGUCGGUCACUGAGAUCUCAAGCCGUAGCGCAACCAUCGCUUGGAAGUCGUCUUUUUCAGGCAACAGCGCUAUCAUUAGAUAUCUACUCGAAUAUCGAACCAAUUGUAGCGAUGAUCAGCUCUGGCAGGAAGUGUCUACUCUUACCUCUAGUGACACCAGACUUAGUCUCAGAGCUCUAUUACCCGUUUGUUACUAUGAGAUCAGAAUGUAUGCCGAAAACGCAUUGGGAAGAAGUGACACCACUUCCUCCACAAUAGUCUUUCAAACGGGGGAAGAGGUUCCCGGGGGUCCGCCCACUGAUGUCAUCAUCGAAACCACUUCCUCCACUUCAUUGAAGAUCAAAUGGAAACCUCCACUAAAAGAAGUUCAAUUCGGAAAAAUCAAAGGAUAUUAUAUUGGGUACAAAAUAGCAGAUUCUGACGAACCGUUUCAAUAUAAAAAUGUGGACAUUAUCGGGGAUAACGACUCGAAUAAAUUCGAGACCAGUUAUGUGACAAACUUGAAGAGGAAGACCACGUAUAUACUGGUGGUUCAGGCGUACAACGGUGUGGGCGCCGGUCCUCGAUCUGAUGAGCCGCCAACCUCUCCACUGCUGGAAGUGAUCGCCACUACUUCUGAUUCAAUUACUCUGAGAUGGGAUGCAAAUCAAAAUGAUAUCAUCGAAGAGCGAGAAUAUGUAUUGCAUUUCAAAGAAGAUCGCGAACAACAGUGGCAUCAAAAGAAGUUGAGAACUAAAUCUAAUCAAUAUGUUUUAGAUUCAAGCAAUGGUUUAGUAAGCAUUCGUUGCGGCACUAAAUAUAAACUAUUUAUGACGGCAUCCAAUAGUUUGGGAACCGGAGAACCGAGUGAGACGAUAAGCGCCAGAACUAAAGGCGCGGCACCGCUUUCGCCAUCCACUCAGGAGUUUGUGAUCCCAAACUCGACCGCAUCUAUGCUAAGGCUGAACAGCUGGCAGACGGGCGGCUGUCCUAUCAAAUCGUUUAGUUUCAAAUACAAACCCAUUUAUCAAAAGAAUUGGAUUACAUUAUCAGAUGAAGUCAUCUUUGAAAAGGACUUCUACUUUAUCCGUGAUUUAGUGCCCAAUAAAGAGUACAAACUUUUAGUAAGCGCUCAUUCAGACGCAGGUGUGACUGAAGCCGAGUACAGCUUCAAGACGUUAAACAUAUCGCUAAUGGUUCGGGUGGUCUCACCGCAGGCACCGGUCGAUGCCUCAGCUCAGGCCGAAUCGUUAUCGCUGUUCCGAAACAUAACAGUUCUCUUACCCGUCAUUAUCUCAAUCAUCGUAUUGUGUGUCAUAUUAGGCACACUAUUGGGUUGUAUGCGUCGACAGCACGUGAACCAAGUGGUGAAUGGCAUGAAUGGACUCAAUAGCAACAAUUGUAUCCAUAAGACAGAGUUAAGACAAUCGCAAGAGACGUUUCAAUUGAAUGACUUCCAUGCCUCAGAUUAA